AUGCAGGAGGCUUGUGAGACGAUCCUUGAGAUCGCGGAGGAGGGGCGCCGCGACCGCAUGCAGCUGCUGCGCGCGGAGCUCGAAGAGCAGGUCGCCAGGCAGGUGUGCGAGGACAUCGGGGCGAGCCUGCGCCAGUGCCGGGAUGUGCACGACGCAGCUUCUCAGCACCUCCAGGAGUCCUUGCAGCUCGAGCGUCAGUUCGCAGACUGGCUGCGGGCAGCCCACCAGUUCAUGAGGGAGAAGGUCGCCCAGAUCGACGCGGAGACGGCCCAGGGCCGGCUCACGGACAGGGCGAGGAUGCUCGUGCUGUCCAGGGCCGCCGUGGAGCAGCUGCGCACGCAGCGCCUGCAGGUGCAGCAGGCCCUCGGCCGCACGAGGCAGAAGAUCACGGCGCGCCAGGACGCGACGGGCCUCCUCGGCCUUCACCUGGUGCUGCAAUUGAGCGAAUUCGAUUUCGAGGAGACGCUCGGACAAGUGGCGGCGGCCGCGGACUUCAGCGCGGAGGAGGCACGGGCUCCGCUGAGGGAGUUCGUCGACCAGGCGGUGGCCGAGGAGCCGCUACAGACGCGGCUGCGGGCGCCCCACGGCCGCUUCGGACAGGCCAUGCUGGAGGGCGCCCUGGCGGCGAGCUUCUUUGCCGCGUGCGAGCUGGAGUGGCGCGAGGCCGUUCCGCCGCCAAGGGCCCCCGCGCUGGCGGGAAACCGCUGCGCGCUGAAGUGCUGCGCCGCUGCCGAGGAAAACCGCUGCGAUGUGGAGGCCCGAGAGUGGUCACGCUGGAGGCCGCGCCUGCUCCAGCUGCUCAGCGAGGCAGAUGCGCCCUCUCAGGGCGAGCGCUGGACGGUCGUGCACUUCAUCGAUUACGUGCGCGCCAGGGCUUCCGAGCCCUGUGGGCCGACGGUGCUCAUCCAGGUCCAGCAGGUCGUCGAGAUCACGGAGAUGCUCCUCGGCGCUGGCAGGAGUCCGACGAUGAGGGCGGCUCGAUUCGCCAGUGCGUUCAUUGUGGUCUUGGAGCAGCUGGUCGCGGACGAGGGCCUCGCGAAGUACCUUCGCGGCGGUCUGGCGGCAACGCUGGCGCGUGCGAAGAUCGGCGGUGCAGGGCGCAAGAUGCUGGAGCUGCCGCUGGUGGCAUCUCGCGAGCGAUGCAUGCGGGGCCUGUCGUGGAUAGAGACGGGCUUCCGCCUGUGGCAGGAGAUCGCGGACUUCGAGAGGGACCGCUUUCUGCCGCGGCCUGACGGCGGCGGCCGGGAUGUGCCCGGCAAGGCCGGCGGAAACGCCGAAGCGGCAGCGGCGGAUGCGCUCCGCGGGAUGCUGGCGCCGGCCUUGGCGGGCAUGAUCGUGGAGCCCCUGCUUCCCGAGGAGCAGUUCGCAGUGGUGCUGCGCUCGGGUAGGGCCUUCGUGGAGCUGGACGAGGCGGCGGCCGUCCCGGACUUGGCGAACUGGCUGGUCUUGAGGAAGACCUUGACUGACUGUGAGGCGACGGACGUAGCGGCCAAGACCUACGGGGGCUUCCGCCGCGACGGCGUCGCGGAGGAGCCAGUGGCCGAGCUCGACCGCGACGGCGGCGACUGGGGGAACAUCCAGUUCGGGGGCGGGGCGCAGCAGCCCCCGCACGAGAGCGCAGGCCUCGAGGAGACCGGCAAGUACCUCAUCGCGUGCACGAAGACGAGCAAUGCGGCCAGGUUCCAUGCUCGAGGGUGGCGGCUGCUCCCUGCAGGUCGCCGCUGGGCUCGGUCUAUUCCGACGAGGUCCCGGAUGGUAGAGUAUGACAUGGUGGCGGUGGCAGCCUCCGAGAGCGGCGGCGAGGGUUCGGACACUCGUGGAGUUGACGAGCAGGAGGCCGCGGCGAGGUUCCGCGCGACCUUGCGGGGCGGGGGCCACGCCCGCGCGCAGGCGGGAGAAGCGUUGAGGAAAGCGCCGGCAGAGGCGGAGCCCCAUGCGACCCUUCGGGAUGGGGGCCGCGCCCUCGCGCUGGCGGGAGAGCUGGCCGCCGCGUGGCCUGAGGCGCGCCCCGGGCAUGCCUUCCAUCAGAGCAUCUCCCGCGCGCCGUGCCCGAGGCCGAAUCGCCUCGGUCGGUUCCGGGGGCUGACCGCCGACCCGCCGCUCCCGCGCGGGCGCCCGCAGUUCGGCGCGAACGGCGAGCGUCGGGGGCCGCUGCCGCCGCCCUCCCAGAGGGCUCGAAUCGCUGGGGCGUGGGAAGGGCCACGAAGCGUUCAGGACCGCGGGCGCCGCGGCUUCGCGGCCAACCUCGCCUGGAGCCGCUCACUGAACCCACGCGCGGUGCAGGCCGCGGGCUCGGGGGCGCCGGGGAAGGGCCCCCGCGCGGCGCAGGAGGGCCCCCCUAUGGACAGCGGCCCGCCCGGCAAAUUCGAGAUCUACACCGACGGGCGCAAUGCCGAGGCCCCGCCGCGCAAGUGGGCAGCGCCUUCUCCGUCGAGCGCCGCGGCAGAAUAG